GUCUGGAACCGACGAUGUGGCCUCCUUUAAGCAGCUGGCCGAGGAGGAGAAGCUCUGGGUGCACGUCGACGCUGCCUACGCCGGUGCAGCCUGGUCGCUGGAGGAGUUUCGAAAGGAUGCGCAGGCAGUCAGCGAUGUUGCGACUUCCGUGAACAUGAAUGGCUCGAAAUGGUUCCUUUGUGGCUUUGACUCCGCCUUCUUGUGGGUGCGAGACCGGAAGUUGCUCCUGGACGUGUUCUCGGCCUCCGAUGCAUUUAUGGCCGACGUAGAGCACACGUCCAUCUACAACCCUGAGUUCAAGGACUGGUCCGUCCCCCUUGGACGGCGGUUCCGCUCACUGCGCAUCUGGAUGGUCUUCGAAUACUUUGGAACCAACGGCCUCCGCUCCUACAUCCGGGAUGCCAUUGAACAG